AUGCAUACAAUGGAUUCGUAUAUAAUGCAGGUAAUAAUAUAAUUUGCAUUAAUUAAAGGAAACAUUUAUUUUGAGGUUAUAUGUAUGUUUACAGAUAAGACGUGUGUGGUUGAGUCAGGAGGGUAGACCCUUGGCGGUAAAUAAUAUAUGCUUAUAUAAAAGUAUAGAUUUAUAUACAUAUAAAUUUUACAUAUGAACUUUAUGUAAUCUUUUUAUUUAAGAAUUUAUUGUCUUUACGACAUGACCAUGUCUCAAUUUCACAAAUUGGAUCUGAAACUGCAAUAACAAAAGCAAUGGAACAUUUAUCUGCCCCUAUUGAUGACUUAGUACUUUACCAUUUGAAAGCUAUAGCAGCAAUGAACAAAGAUGAUCCAUUGUCUAUGUAUAAUUAUCAAAGUUCUGCAGUUCAAUCUCUGACAAAAAUUCUUCAAAUGCAAAAGGAAGAAAAUUGGAUGUUACCUGUUAUGAAUACAAUGUGUUUGGAGUUACGACUAUUAGCAGUUUGUGUUGAAAAUACAAGAAACAACAAGAAUAUAAAGCCUGGUGAAAUUUUAGAAAAAUGUGCAGAUUGUUUAAUGGGGUGUUUCCGAGUGUGUGCUUGUGACAAUCGUAGCUCAGAAGAUGAUACAAAAAGAUGGGGAAUGUUGACAUUGGUUAAUCAAUUAAUAAAUAAAUUACAUCUGUGCAGACCUUUAAUAAGGGCGAUAGAAUCAUCCCCAUAUAAAGCACUUUUUACAUUGGCACAGAAAAUAACUUAUAAGUUCUUUGUGGGUCGUAAAGCAAUGUUUGACAGUGAUUACAAAGCUGCUGAUGAACAUCUUACUUAUGCCUUUGAACAUUGUCAUAAACGAUCUUCAAAAAAUAAACGAUUAAUUCUAACUUACUUGGUACCAGUAAAAAUGUUAUUAGGAUAUAUGCCUAAACACAGCUUAUUAGAAAAAUAUAAUUUAAUGGAAUUUGGAGAAUUAAUGGAAGCUGUUAAAAGGGGAAAUUUAUGCAAUCUUGAAAAAGUGAUGGAAAAACAUGAAUCAUUUUUUAUAGGAGCAGGAAUAUAUUUGAUUGUGGAAAAAUUAAAGAUAAUAGCAUAUAGAAAUUUAUUUAAGAAAGUGUAUUUAGUAUUAAAUAUACAUCAAAUUCCUAUUCAAGAUUUACUUUCAGCUUUAGAAAUGCAAGGAAUUGACGAUGUAGAUAUGGACGAAGUAGAAUGUAUCGUUGCAAAUUUAAUAUAUGAAGGAAAAAUUAAAGGUUACAUAUCUCAUCAACAUAAAAAAUUAGUCAUCUCUAAACAAAAUCCUUUUCCAAGACUCUCGACUAUACCCUAA